GAAAUUCGCCUGUUGAGAAUAGAACCGAGAGGAGGGCCAUCAGCGGAAAUUCGAGCUUCGCUCGUCAAGUAUAACCUGCAAGGAAGACCGAAUGAUGUCACCUCUUUUCAAGCUUUGUCUUAUACGUGGGGGCAUAAUUCAUUUGCUCACAAUAUCAUUAUCAAUGGAGUAAAGCUGCCUGUCGCUGAUAACCUAUACUCAUUCCUGCAGCAUCGACAGGAAACAAAUCAAUGUAUCGACAUUUGGAUAGAUGCAAUAUGCAUUAAUCAAAAUGACUUACUGGAAAAGAACCACCAAAUUCCAAUGAUGAACAUGAUCUAUGGGAGGGCCAGUGAGCUUAUUAUCUGGCUUGGACCCCCGUCUUUCGACAGUGAACUGGCAAUUCAGUCGAUUCUCGAGAUGGGAAGUGGUUCUCCUUAUGACAAGCUCUUUACUGUUGAGAAUGACGUCUGGCAAGCUAUCCAAAGCUUGUUUGAACGCCCUUGGUGGAAACGUAUAUGGAUU